AUGGCUGCCCCAAGAGAAAAUGUCAGUUUAUUAUUCAAGUUCUACUGCUUGGCAGUGAUGACCCUGGUGGCUGCAGCUUAUACCAUAGCUUUAAGAUACACAAGGACAUCAGACAAAGAACUCUACUUUUCAACCACAGCCGUGUGUAUCACAGAAGUUAUAAAGUUACUGCUAAGUGUGGGAAUUUUAGCUAAAGAAGCUGGUAGUCUGGGUAGAUUCAAGGCAUCUUUAAAAGAAAAUGUCUUGGGGAGCCCCAAGGAACUGAUGAAGUUAAGUGUACCAUCAUUAGUGUAUGCUGUUCAGAACAAUAUGGCUUUCCUAGCUCUUAGCAAUCUGGAUGCAGCAGUAUACCAGGUGACCUAUCAAUUGAAGAUUCCCUGCACUGCUUUAUGUACUGUUUUAAUGUUAAACCGGACACUCAGCAAAUUACAGUGGAUUUCAGUUUUUAUGCUGUGUGGUGGAGUCAUACUUGUACAGUGGAAGCCAGCCCAAGCUACAAAAGUUGUGGUGGAACAGAAUCCAUUGUUAGGGUUUGGCGCUAUAGCUGUUGCUGUAUUGUGCUCAGGAUUUGCAGGAGUGUAUUUUGAAAAAGUUUUAAAGAGUUCAGAUACUUCCCUUUGGGUGAGAAACAUUCAAAUGUAUCUCUCAGGGAUUGUUGUGACAUUAGUUGGCGUCUACUUGUCAGAUGGAGCUGAAAUUAAUGAAAAAGGAUUUUUCUAUGGUUACACAUAUUAUGUAUGGUUUGUCAUCUUUCUUGCAAGUGUUGGAGGCCUCUACACUUCCGUUGUGGUCAAGUACACAGACAACAUCAUGAAGGGUUUUUCUGCGGCAGCAGCCAUUGUCCUUUCUACCUUUGCUUCAGUGAUGCUGUUUGGGUUACAGAUAACACUCACCUUUGCUCUGGGCACUCUUCUUGUAUGUGUUUCUAUAUAUCUGUAUGGAUUACCCAGACAAGACACUACAUCCAUCCAACAAGGAGAAAUAGCUUCAAAAGAGAGAGUUGGUGGUGUAUGA